AUGUCGCUGAGAGCCACAUCUCACGGCAACCUGCAGUCCCUCUCUUCACCAAAGCCUCUGGCGCUGGACAGCAGGAUAUACAAGUCCUUCUCCCUGAGCAGCAGCAAUAUGAAUGGGAACGGGGCCGGGAAGGGGGCCGGGAACGGGGGAGGCAGCGGGAGGAUAGUGUUUGGGAAGGAGCAGGUGGAGGAGGUGAAGGGGUUCUCCAGGCCAUGCAGGAGGCCUGUACGGGCCGUCAGACCGGUUAGUGCCCACAGCGUUAACGUCAGCGGAUCCUUCCUACAGAUCAACCACCUGCAAGGAGAGCUGGUGAGGAAGAGAAAGGUAAAGGGGGAAUGGGGGAUGGCUGGUCAGUUGUACAACUGAAUGCAUUCAACCUAAAUGUGUCUUCUGCAUUUAACCCAACCCCUCUGAAUCAGAGCGGAGCGGGGGGCUGCCUUAAUCCACAUCCACGUCAUCGGCGCACAGGAGCAGUUGUCGUUGGGGGUUAACUGCCUUGGUCAAGGGCAGAACGGCAGAUUUGUCCACCUUGCUGGCUCGGGGAUUCGAAACAGCGACCUUUUGGUUACUGGCCAAUGCUCUUAACCACUAGACUACCUGACGGCAGUGUGCGUGUGUGUGCGUUUCCAUGAAACCCAGAAAUGAGAGUGAAAAUGUGUCCAUCUUGGUUUCCAUAUUUAUGUAAACCUCAGGAAUGUGAAGACCUGAAGAAGGAAAACAAGUAUCUAUCCAAUGAGAUCCAUAUGGAGCGAAUUAUGAUGCGGACAGAGAAUGAACUGACCAUGAGGAACCUGAGAAACCUUAACCAGGAGCUCCAGGCCCAGGUCAAAGAGGUACUGUACCUCUUCCUCUCGCCAAUAGAAAACACAGCAGAAAAUACAGGUACUAUUUAACAGUGAUGCAACAGAAAAUGCAGGCUAGUUCAACACAGUAAGCAGCAUUCCCAACUUAAACGCCAUAGGUCAUUUGCCAGUGCCACUAUAGCUUUUCAACUCCACUAGAAAAUCAUCAUUCUUAAACUAAUCCUACAUCGUCAUAUUACAGCUGAGAACAAUAGCAUUCCUCCUCUGUGUGUAAUACUCAUUCGUUCUGGCCCCUGCAGCUGAAGCACAAGGUGUACCUGGCCCAGCAGAGGGCGACGUUGUGCACCCGUGUGGCGGAUGAGGCGACCGAUUCGCGGGUCGAGGCAGAGAAGCACAGGGCCCUUGCAGAGGCCCGGGCACACAGCCUCAGGCAGGACAGAGAGCUGACAGAGGCAGACAGGAGCCGACUGAGCGAGGACCUGCUGAAGCUAAAAAAACAGGUAUCUAAACACACGCACGCACAAACACAGAGACACACACGCACAGGUCAGAUGAUAAUACUUAUAGUAUCAAUUCUCCUCACAGUUUGUGACUAAUUACUGUACUAUAGUAGUGCAACAAGUAAUAGUACACACUAACCUUUAGCUCAGUCAGGCCCUGUGUAGAAUAGAUGAGACCCAGUAGCUUGUGAUGAUGUCUGUAACGUCUCCAACAGCACCAAGACGCUCAGCUUCUUCUGGCACAAACGGAGAAGAACUAUUUUGAGACAAGGCUGAAGCUGGACAGGAUAUCAGGAGAGAAACAGGCUCUGCUGGAAGAGAACAGAGGCCUGGAGGGGGACAGGGAUGCUCUGAGGCACAAUCUCAGACAAGUGAUGGAUGAGAACACCAAAGUCAAAGACAAGUAAGGCUACAGAAAAUGUGUCAUCAUGCAGUUCUUAUGAUGUGCUAUAUAUUCAUCUAUGUAUAUGUAGUAUAAUGCAUUAUGUAUGAGACUGACAACUCCUGAUAAGACUGACACAAGUCCUGCUGAGACUGAGGAUGUCCUCAUUUGGACAGCAUAACCUUACAUGCCACCCCAGGCUUUAAGGCUCUCCUGUAGAGUCGUCAGAUAGACCACACAGUUUGUGAAUUAGAAUAUCCACUGUGAUGUCUUCUCUGUCUCUGCAGAGAGCUGAGUUCGAGGCGCAGGGCAUUGGUAGCGGAGGAGCAGAGUGAGAAGGCCAGCCAGGCGAAGCAGGAAGCUGACCAGGAGAGGCAGCUAGUGGAGAAGGAGAGGCAGGAGCGCACGGCCGAGUGUCUCAACUGGAGGGAGAAACAUCAGGCUCUGGCAGACAUCUUCAAAGCCCAGGAGGACCUCACGUCUCAGAGGCAGAACAAAGCAGUGAGUCAGACUCAAACCCCUUCUGCAGCACCAAAUGUAUCAGCAAUAAUCCUACUUAUGUCUUUCAGUGGGCUAUGCUGUUUGUUUAAUGAUUAUCUGGGAUGUCAAUCAGGUCCCAUCACAAUAACUGAGGUAGUUGAGAUGUGUUGAGAACAAGGACAGACAAUAGCGCCAUCUAGCUGUGGACCAGCUAGCUAUUAGUUAUUGUCAGGCCUAGGAUAAAUUCUUACUUACUCACUAGUUGUCCAUUUGAUUUAUGUUGACUGUUCUCUCCCCAGUGUCAAGCUAAUAUCAAAAGCUUUUUCCUCUGCAUGACGGAAAGUGACCAGAGGGUGAAGAUUCUAAAGAACCAAGAUGGCACUCCCAGGAACUUCACAGUGAGGGUUUAACUGUCAUUACACAGAACAUCACUAUAGGUCAAGUGAUGAUGUUGGUGCAAACUGAAGGCUAUUCUAUACUCCUCCUUGCCCUGCUGCAAUCACCUUCGCUCUCUCUCUCUCUUAGGAAGGGGAUCCAGUCUUCAUCUCCACACCAGAGCCUGGGGCUGAGGAUGCUGACAGGAGCUCAUCCAGGUAACCAGGAUGCCUGGAACAUUUUUAUUUUGUAGAAUCCUAGUAAGGUUGUUAUUUUCCAUCCCUUGAAUAUGUUGUUCCAAGUCAGGUUCAGUUUACCUGGAAUAGACAGUCAGAGGUACAGUACUGCCUGCUUCCUUUUCCCAGGAGCAUGUUCAGAGUAUCUGCUCCGCGAGUGGGAAAGGACCUGGGUCCAUCUCACUUUGGUGACCUGUCUCCUGCCAUGGGAGGGGAGCACGAGGCUGGGCAUCCACGGAGAAGCAGGAAAACGGUGGAAUAUUUCUGGAUCCCAACAGAUGAGGAAUGA